AUGCAGCUGAUUCAGGGACUCCUACUGCUGCUUCUGGCGGCGUCGCAGGCUGCAGCCUACCCUUGCACCCCCGCCGAUCUGGCGUCGUGCCCCAAGCCGCCCGGCGCGCUGCCCGCCGCCGACCAGGCGCCGCAGUUCAUCACCAUCACCUGGGACGAUGCCGUCAACCCGCUGAGCUACGACAUCAUCCAGCAAAUCACGGGCGGCUUCACCCAGAGGAACGGCUGCCCCGUGCCCUCCACCUACUUCAUCUCCGCCCUCAACACCAUCCCCGCAGCGGUACAGGCGCUGUACCUGAGCGGCAACGAGAUUGCCACCCACACCAUGACACACGUCGGCUACCCGCCCGCCGACGAGAUUGUGGGCUGCCGUGACUGGCUGGUCAACGCCACCGGCAUCCCCGAGACAAAGAUCACCGGCUUCAGGCAUGCCUGGGCGGGGCGGGCGCCCUUCCUGCUCAGCAACUCUGACACGCGGCAGGCUCUGGUGGAUGCCGGCUUCCAGUAUGACUCAACCCUGCCAGACACCACGCCAAGCAACAUCAGCCCCGAUGUGGACCAGCGUGGCUGGCCGUACCGCAUGGAUGACGGCAUGCCGCAGGCGUGCACUGUUGGCGCCUGCGACUCCAGCGAGAGGUAUGCGCUGUGGGAGAUCCCGCUGUGGAGCGUUGAGGAUGCCAGCAAGAACUCGAUUGCCAGCAUGGACCCCGAUGGCAACGCGUACGACAACUACAAGCGCGAGCUGGAGUGGCGCCUGGCAGGCAACCGCGCCCCCCUGGGCCUCUUCUUCCACGCAGGCGAGGCUGCGCCGCUUGGGCCGCUCUACCUGCCCAGCAGCCUGCAAUCCCAGGCCAGCCGCAUCGCCGAGCUGCGUCAGUUUAUUGAGUAUGCCAUGGGCCUGGACAACGUGUGGUUUGUCACCAACCAGCAGAUGCUGGCAUGGAUGAAGAACCCGGUGCCUGCCAGCCGCGUGGAGCUGAUGCUCAAGUGUGACAAGCCCACCGACAUCUCGCCCACCGUGGGCCCCGCGUGCGACACCUAUGUGGGCAACUGUCAGUUUGGGUCGUUCGACGUGACCAAGUGCAGAUGCGUGUGCAUGGGCGAGGGCGCACCUGGCGGCUACUGCGUGGAUGAGGCGACGGGGUCGUGCACCAAGACCUGCUGA